UUUUCCAGCUGUUUUUCGGAAAAUACAAACCCAUAAAUGACUAACCUAGUUAGCACUCAAGGGUGUGGCCUCGUUACCAUGGAAGUGAUUCCAGCCAAACAAUAACGCCAAGUGAUUUCUCCUCGUUAGCCUUAGCCUUGAGUAGCAAUGUUAUUUAGUACCUGCGUUGGUGAUAGAAGAUAGCAGGUACACGAUGAAAUAGUCAAGGUGCUUUGUUCGCCACCAUUAAAAAAAAUUGAAGUAAUCUUGGUUCAAUUUGCAUAUUACAUAAACUCCACCAGCCUCACUCAAUGAAAUCACAGGACUCUAUAAGAUCGAACAAGAUUGCCAAAACAUUGCACCUGAAGACUUUGGAAAAUAUUUCAACCGAGUGGUUGUGCAUACAUUGAUAGGAUUUCCCUAUUUGAUUCAGAUUGUUAAUUUGGUGCGAUUUGGCCAUUUUUUUUGUACACCCCUACUUGAAAUUGUCGUUCUCGAUAUCUUUCUGCGCUAGUGAUCACGCUUGAAAUUUUUCUACAACCUACCAAGCAAACAGUACUAUAGGCGCACAUGAAAGUAACAGCUGACAACUUUUUUUUUUUUUUGACAUAAAAUCUAAUGCUUUGUUUGGAAGAGAAGGAAGAAGUGAGGUUGAAAAGCAUUUUUUUUUUUGUAUUGGUACACUAUUAACGAAAAUAGCAAUUUGUAUGCCCAAAGAAACUUAUUUUCGUUCAAGUUAUCUAUUAUUAUUCUUUUUUAGCUAGUUAUUACAAGCGGAUAGGAUUAAAAUUGCAGAUUUAGUUAUUAGCAAAUGAGUAUCUUUAAAUAAGAUGAACAAUAAUUAAUUCCCAUCCCUAAGUUUAGGACAUGUGUCUGGUUAGUAAUGUCCAACAAUUCAUUGCCAUUAACUGGAUGAAAGGAACGCUUUAACAGCAUUUUGCUUCGUGCUAAUUAGAGAGGAGUCGAACCUAAAAUUUUUGAGGGUUUGAGUCCAUAUCUUGAAAUUAUAUUUUUAUUUUUUGAGUUUCUGUAUCCCAAAUUCAAAGAACUUUCGCUAAAUUGAAUAGUAAUACCAAUUAAGCUCUCCUUUAAUGGAUUGCUGAAUCUAUGAGUUUCAUUUAUUUUCUUCCUUUCUACUGAAGAAAGGUUUGCAAAUCUGAACCUAAAAGAGGUGAAGAUGACCACCAAGGUGAAAGGCCUUCUUAAAGGCCUUCGUUAUAUUUCUCAAAUAUUUGAUGAGGAGAAAGAAAAAGAAAUACAGAUUGGUUUUCCCACAGAUGUAAAGCAUGUUGCCCAUAUAGGAUGGGAUGGACCAUCAACAGAUAAUCCAAGCUGGAUGAAAGAAUUCAAUGGACCAGGACAAUUUCAGUCAGCACCUUUGGUUCCUCCUCCAGUAGAUAUUCCUAAAGAGCAUCCUGAAAUACAAUGGGUUUCUGAAGAUUCAAACAGAGGGUCGAGAAAUGCAAAUCCUUCUUCGACCAACGGAGAUCAACAACAACCACCAAAAUCAGCCAGGCGUCAUUCUUCUUCUACAGACAACUCCAGCACCGGCACUGAUUCUCCUAAAAAAUCUCGAAGUUCCCGCCGACACCACCGGAAAGACUCCGCUGACGGUUCCAAACACGGCAGAAUCCACCUAGAUGCCGCCGGAUCAGAAUCUCCGGCGAGAGAUCUCCCGGAGAUUCCUAAAAAAUCACGGCGGAAGAAGUCUAAGGAAUCUGUCCCCGGCGGCGGUACGGUUGCCGGAUCACGAUCGUCGAAGAAUAAAGGCACUUCUUCUUCUUCUAGUACAGUUGCAGCAUUGGAUACUACCAGGUCGAGACCCGACCCGGGAAACAGUGAAAGCAUCCUUUCAUAACAUGAAAAAAAAAAAAUUAACAAUAAAAAUGUACUCGAAUGCAUUUUAUCUUCUUUUUUUUUUCUUUUAUUCUUGUUUUGAUAGUUUAGUUAAGAUCCAUAAAUGUUUGUAAAACCUUAAAAAGUUUUAUAUUACGUUCAUAGAAAUUAUGUACCAUUUAACAUUUACAUACCUUCAUUACACAGGUUUUUUUUUUUUUUUUUUUUUCUGUAAAUCUCUCUGUGAAUACGGGGAAAGGAAAAGGGAAAUGUCAUCUUCAUAUAAUCUUUUCAUUUUAGCACAUCCAAAUUUUACACAAUAUCCCACUAAUAAGUUUAUCUAUACGCACACACUUUUAAAAUAUUUGGUCUUUAACGUAUAAACAUGAUGAAACUAAUACUUUUAAUAUAUUUUAAGUAGUGCAAUGUUGUCAAAGUAACUUAUACUCCCUCCAUUUCAAUUUAUGUGAACUCAUUUAACUAGACACGAAAUUUAAAAAAAUAGAAAAGACUUUUAAACUUGUGACAUAAAAUGAAUCACAUAUAUUUUGUGUGACUAUAAAUCAUUGCAUAAAGAUAAAUUAUUUCUAAAUAUAAAAAAAAUUUUUUUUACACAAACUCAUAAAGAAAUAAGUUCACAUAAAUUGAAAUCGGAGUACAAGUUAUAGUUCAAAGGCGGUCGCUACACUUGUUCAAUUCAUUCCAGCUGUCUAAAGCCUAGAUAUCGAAGUAUCAGUACCUAUGCUAGUGAGAUAUAGCUAAUACCGGUGCAUUAGUGA